AUGGACGAACACCCGGUCACUGCCACAGGCAUUGCGCUGUACAAGAAGCCAUUGUUCCAAUUCGACAUGGAAUCGAAAUCCGGAAACCGUCGCAGCCGGGAGAGAGCAGAGAUUCCCCUCGUGGAUCCAAUUGUGGCGACGCCGGACAAAAUUUCGACGGAAACGUCAGAGUUUACAAAAGAAGACUCGCACUACACACACACUUCUCCAGCACUUAGAGACUCCCGACAAGACAUGGUAGGUUUCAAGUCCAGGAAACAGGCCAGCAGCAACAGCAGCAGUGUUGGAAAUGCAAUGCCAGCAUCAAAACCAGCCUUCAGCAAGAGUUCCAGUGGCAGCGGUGGGAGCACCAGUGGUGCUACUAGCAGACCGGCUCUAGCUCCACACACCUUGUCGUCGUCGUCAUCGUCGUCACUACUGUCGGUAUCGUCGGCAUCGCCCUACAGAGCCAACACCAGACGGCUGUCGUCGGAGGAAAUCAUCAACGAAAUGGAGAAAGAGCAGGACGCCAUUGUUGUUCGUUUGCUGCGCGAAAUCGACCAGCUCAAGGACGAAAACAACCGGCUGCGCAAAAACUUGGGAGCUGUGCUAAAUGGCGAUCCCCAGACCCCAGCCACUGCAGCAACCAACUCUACACUCCCACAACUGUCCAGACGCUCUUCGCUCAACAGCAAUGCCAGCAGUGCCAGCAUCGCCAGUAACAACAGCAGUUUAUCUGGUGCCAACGUCAACGUCAACGGCAGCAACAGCACGAGCGUCUUGGCGCUGACGCCCAGUGGCACUAGUCCCGCUCCGUCGCGAAGACCAUCUUCUUCUGCCGCGCCUAUAGACACUUUGACUCCCACGCUUCUGCUCCAGCGGAAACGUAAUUCGAUACCAUCCCCCAACCCGUUGACUCCUAAGAAAAGCGAUGAAUUUGUGCAUCUGUAUACUCCCGUCCCCAGCUCCAAUCUGGUAAAGACAGACCCCGCUGCCGAUCUUCCCGGAUCCUGUGGAUACCGCAGGCGACGGUUGUCAGUGAAGUCGUCGGAAGGGUCGAAUAAGAUACAACGAUCUACACAGUGA